AUUUAUAUAUCGAAGACAGAAGUCAUCGUCGCAUGUUGAUUUAUUCUAUAAACAAAAAGACGGUGCAACCGCAUUCGUCCAAAAAUGUGGAGGGAGGAUUGGGCAAAAUGCACUAUCUGAGGGACUCAUGUUGCGGGAAAUGUGUCAAAAUUAUCUACGUAUUGCUGAGUGUAAUAAAUAUUAUAGAAGCCAUUGCCCUAAUGGCCGUAGCGGUGAGCGCAGCUAUAGCUAUGAAGAUAUUUUCCAGCGAACAGUCCGGAAGAUUGGUAGCACUGAUUAUUAUUGCCGUCAUCGCUGCAAUCACUUUGUCCAUCACCAUUUAUGCAAUGGUGGCAUUACUGAGAAACCAACGGAAACCUGUUCACUCGGGAUCCAUGGUUCUAGUGAUCCUAGCCAUCAUCCUGUCAAUCAUCAUCGGUGUGACGAUGAAGAUACGCGAGGAGGAUGAAGUUAAGCUGAGUCAAUCUCUAUCAAAGUCCUUCCAAUUGUCUCGGGAAGAUAAUCCAAGAUACGUGAAGCUUUGGGCCACCAUACAAAACGAUUUAACUUGCUGUGGAGUAUAUAGCUCAGAAGAUUAUCGGAACCCAAAUCUACCUAUCUUCUUCCCCCCGGACGUGCCUAUCUCAUGCUGCCCGAACUACGACCCAAGUCGCUCCCAGCUGGUGCAGGAGCGGGAAAGAGAAUCCUGCAAAGUUAAGAAGCAGUAUUACGACAUGGGCUGCAGUAGUCCGGUUAUAGAGCUGUUUCGAGAUAUGACGAAGAGGGUGAUGACCGUUUCAAUUCUGCUGAUUAUAUCAAUGGUCUGGUUAUCCAUCCAUGGUGCAAUGUGGACUCGUUGGUGUAUGAAACAAUCAAAAUGUGAAGAUACUUCAAGAACGGAAGCAAAUAGUCAACCAUAAACAUGAUUCGAAGGGUUUUUUACCAUGACUUAUGUACCAUGAUAUUUCUCGUAAACCUUUUUUAAGGUUCAUUUUACAUUAGAU